UGCGAGCCUCUGCGAAGCAGAGGUGACGCACUGGUUAGACCAAUAAUAUGGCUUUGGCCAUACAUUACCCGUGUUACUCGUGUUGUUUACGGUGUUACUGGUGUUACUGGUGUUACCAGUGUCACUCGUGUUACCAGUGUUACUCGUGUACCCGUGUUACCAGUGUUGCUCGUGUUACUGGUGUUACCCGUGUUACCAUUUACGUGUACUCCUGUUGCCCGUGUUACCACUGUUGCUCGUGUUACUGUUUACGGUGUUACUGGUGUUACUGGUGUUACCAGUGUCACUCGUGUUACCAGUGUUACUCGUGUACCCGUGUUACCACUGUUGCUCGUGUUACUGGUGUUACCUUUACGUGUUGCUCGUGUUACUAGUGUUACCCGUGUUACUCGUGUUACCGGUGUUACUGGUGUUACUCGUGUUGCUCGUGUUGUUUACGGUGUUACUGGUGUUACUGGUGUUACCAGUGUCACUCGUGUUACCAGUGUACUCCUGUUGCCCGUGUUACCACUGUUUGCUCGUGUUACUGGUGUUACCCGUGUUACUCGUGUUACCCGU